AUGUAUACGCCAGAACUGCUGCUCCCAUUCCUCAUGGCGAAGGCGAUCUAUCGAUGGGAGUUCGGCUGGAGCGACGGCAAGGGGCUCAAGAGGUGGAUCCCGACUGCGAAGCAGGUGCCCGCGGGACAUAGGGAGCGUGCGAGUGUGAGGUUGGACAAGCGGAUGAUGGGGGACAAGGCGACGCUUGGGUUGUUGAUUGGCAGUCUCCUGCUCUCCCUGCUCAUGCGCGAUACCCCCUUCCUUCGCGCCUUGCAUCCUGCACCCGAUGAAGCGCACAAGCCCAAUUGGUCGACCUUCACCAUCGUCUUCGGUUAUAUGAUGAACGCGUUUUUCUGGGCUGGUCAUCUUCGACAAGGCCUGCUUCGUCACUCGGUGCGCAAGUUCGCAGGGCAGUAUCGAUUAGGUGCGGUGCUUAUGUGCUUGGGGACCUGGACCGACUUCCUUGGCCAUCUAACCAGCGUUGUGGGACACUACGAUGCCCGCCCGGCGUAUCAUUAUGUGCAGCUACCUGGUCUGGCGCUCACGGCUUGGGCGGCGUACCAGGCGGUCACUUUAGCUCCAGAGCAGAUUGAAGAUGUAGACGAGAGCGAGGAAUGA